AUGGCAACCGAAAUUACUCCACCAGGGAGUUUUGUUGAGCCUCCUCUGACGCCGCCGCUUACGAAAGAAAAGGUGUCGUCGAGAAGUGCUCAACGCGUGCUAAAUUGUUUCAAGCUCCAUCGUGUUGGUCAUAGGCCACAGUUUUGGUGGCAGCACCAGCUCGCUUUAGACGAUUAUAGGGAAGCUUUACACAUGCUGAAUAGUGACGAUUCUCUCCGAGAUUACGUUGAAGACAAAGUUAGGUACGACUACGACCCUUGUCGUUCCUGCCUGACUAUCCGAAUGCCAAGUCCUCUCCAUGAUGUUUUCUGUGCAAAGAUAGUCGAGGAGAUACUACAACAAUUGAAGCAAUUUCAACGAAGCGAAGGCCCCUCCGCUGCUUUCGCGAAUGAAGUUGAGCACCUUGCCACUUCCCGAAUCAUGAUACCUGAUGAGAUAAAAGAUGGAAAGCAGACUUUUUCCAAACGGGAGCCAGAUGCAUCAUUCAAGCACCGACGUGCACGCUAUCCCGGUGUUAUUAUAGAGGUAUGCUAUUCACAAAAAAGUCAACGCAUCUCACACUUGGCCGACGAGUAUAUCCUGAACACCGACGGGAGCGUGAACGCCGUGAUUGCUCUCGAUGUGGAUUAUAAGGGGUCUAAGAACGCGACUAUUACCGUAUGGCGACCAGAAUAUAUAACCGUCGAUGGCAUAGAGGAGCUUCAGGCGACUGCUGUGGUCGAUGCGCUGCCAUUUCGGACGGAGUCUGGACUUCCAGCUGAGGCAGCAGCGCUCCGGCUGUCAUUAAGGGACUUCGCGACGGAGGACCUCUGGCGAGAGCAUAUGAGGUUCGACCGAGAACUUUUAAUAACAUCGAGACAGUUAUGUGACUUUCUCUCGCGCGCCGAAGAAGAACAGCGGGUGCAGACACUUCAGCAAGGCUCUAUCAAUCGACUCCGACCGGGCGUGGGAAAGCGUCGUCGACCUCAAACUCCUCCGGAGCAGCUAAGUUCGGAAGAGGAGAGAUCAGUCGAGAAGAAAAGAGAAAGUAAAAGUGGGCGUUGCAGCAACGAUUUUCGUCCGAACCCUUCGUCGUGA